AUGGGGGACUCGCGAGAUGACAGCUUACUGGGGGAUUCAAGCGACGUCGCGGCGGGGAGCCGCCCGUUUUCGCAGCAGCUGCCAGAGGCAUUCGCUGCCUACCUCAAGCGAAACAAUGUCGACAUUUCUUCGUUUGACAUCCCCCUGGAAAUUCCUCGCUACUUUGCUGUGCUCUAUCCGGCGCCUGCACUAACGCGGGCUGCAGCGGCCAUGGUCCAGGAGACCUUGAAAAGCGGAGACGGGCCAGCCGCCUCGCUCGUGCGUCUGCUCUAUUCUCCGCCGUUGGAUUCCGGAGCCGUCCAUGGCGCCUUCCCACGCGUUUUCUCUGAGUCGCUUGUGUCUGCUGUGCAUGCGAAGGACUGUGUGCUUCAUUCACUCGAUGCCAACCGAAACUGGAGUGGGGCUGCCGGCAUGGGAGAGGGAGCGGAAGGCCUCGAAGCGUCUUCCGUCCCACCAGCAGAACCACCCGCGUCGAGGCGGCAGCUGCCUCCGUACGAGCAGUACGUUGCGACUCUCUUGUCUUGCAUCCAGUCGGAACUCAAGCUAGUUCGCCCGCCGUCGCCGGUACCGUGGCUGCUGUCCAACUGCCUCGGCGUGGCGGACGAACUAAGGUCUCGGGGGUCUGCGGCGCUGAUUCCAACCUUCCCGAUUGUUUUUUCUCUUCCCCCCAGUGUUUCUCCUCGCAACUGCACUCCCUACCGGCUCGGCCUGAUCCACCCCCUUGACGCAGCGUCGGCUGCGGCUGCGGCAGCCCUACGGCCGGAGCCUGGGGAUGUCGUGUGCGACCUCUGUUGCGCGCCUGGGAACAAAUUGGUGCUUCUGGCCAACGCCGUUGCGGAGCCGCUGGGUCGCAGACCCAGCACCAGACGUCGGACAAGGAGUCACUCGCAUGCGUCAAACGCCGAUGGCAACUCCGCCGCUCCAGGCGACAGUGAACAGAGUGGUCUCUCACACGUAUCCCUGCAAAGUCACCCGGAACCGAGUUUUUCGAGCACCAGGUGCGGCAUGGUUGUCGGAGUGGAAGGUCGUCGGCAUCGGGGAGACGUGUGCCGGCGCAUUGUACGAAGGCUUGGCGCCCGAAAUGUUCUUCUGGUGCUGCAGGAUGGACGGCGUUUUUCUGGCGGGUGUACGUGCGUGUACGGCCAGGAGGGAGAGUGCUUUCGAAGUUCGAAGGCACGAUCAGGGAAGACGCGUGGUGACCAUCACUUCGACGACGCUAAGAAAAAUGGUGACGGAAGACCGUCAAGUGUCGACACUAGCGGCCAGCAGUCCGGCGCGCACAAGAGGCCUUUGGCGGGCGGCCGUCUCUCACGCCGAAAGGCACGGAAACGGGAUGAAGCGUCUGAGGUGCCUUGCAUUGAUCUCCUUGCCGGACGCGACAAUUUCGUUGAGUCGGAGGGUGACGCGCCGCCAACGGAACUGUCGGAUGGAACGCGAGAUACUGCUGCGGAAGACGCAGGCCGCUGUGCUCCUCCGCAGAGCGGGGCAAGCGAGGCACCGUAUGAUUCGCGGUCAGAAGCAACCCAGCGUGACUGUUUUGGAAAGUUCGACAAAGUUCUUGUGGACGUGGAGUGCACACAUGAUGGCUCGCUGCGACACAUGCAGAAGUUCGGGCGGCAGUGGCGGUGGGACGACUUCCAAAAGAAAAUGCAAAUGGCGUCAUCAGCGCCGAAAGCGUGUGACUGUAGACGCGACUCCACUCGUCCCGCGGGCAUGGACUGGCCCGCGGGGUUCAACGGAGGGGACGGCAGUGGCUCCGAAGAAGUCGCCUGGGCAAUCGAGGGACUCCCUUCUGGAGCCGAUCUCCCCGCUGAGGACUACGUGAAACUUCGGCGGCGCCAGCGGCAACUGCUUCAACGCGGUUUCGACCUUCUUCGUCCAAAUGGACUGCUUGUCUACAGCACAUGCAGCAAGUGCGAGGAUCAGAACGAGCAGGUGGUUCGGGAUUUCCUCAGGUGCAAUGACGCUGCCGCUCUGUAUCCGCUGCCAUGUCGCGGUUUACGAAACGUAGCGUCAGGAGAAGGUUCUCCAAUGCCGGAUGCAUGCGAUGGCCAACCGGCACCGGAGAGCAACGCGUUCUGGGACCGGUGUCAACUGCUUAUGAACGAGCAUGGCUCUGGUGGAUGGCCGGCGGUCCCAUCGAGUCUCUUCCUCGAUGAGAGCCUGCGGAGACACCCGGCAGCCUUUGUUUUGAAUGACACGCGUGGCGCUGCCACGGGGGAGUCCAGUAGUGACCACGGCGCCUCGCGUGGCGGCGACUACUUGCACAACCAUGAGUCUGCAGAAAAAUGCUAUGGCGGAAAGAGCCAGGCGAAGUGCCGUCCCUACCGACCCUGUAGCUGUUACUUCGGGCCUGAGCAAAGCGGAACGAGUGGGCUGUUUCUCUGUUGCAUCACUAAGUUAUUCUGUCCGGAUCGAAACAAACAUGCUUGA